AUGCAUUUCUCGUUGAAAARGGGAGGUGACCCAGAAAUUAUUAAAGCAUCCCAAAAGAAAAGAGGUGACUCCGUCGAAUUAGUUGAUGAAAUCAUCGCCGAAUAUAAAGAAUGGGUUAAAUUAAGAUUCGAUUUAGAUGAACACAACAAGAAAUUGAAUUCAGUACAAAAAGAAAUUGGUAAAAGAUUCAAAGCUAAAGAAGAUGCUAAAGAUUUAAUUGCUGAAAAGGAAAAAUUGAGUAAUGAAAAAAAGGAAAUUAUUGAAAAAGAAGCUGAAGCAGAUAAGAAUUUACGUAGUAAAAUCAAUCAAGUUGGUAACAUCGUUCAUGAAUCAGUUGUUGAUUCUCAAGAUGAAGAAAACAAUGAAUUGGUUAGAACCUGGACUCCAGAAAAUUACAAAAAACCAGAACAAAUUGCUGCAGCUACUGGUGCACCAGCCAAAUUAUCUCAUCAUGAAGUAUUGUUAAGAUUAGAUGGUUACGAUCCAGAAAGAGGGGUUAGAAUUGUUGGUCAUCGUGGUUAUUUCUUAAGAAACUAUGGGGUAUUUUUGAACCAAGCUUUAAUCAACUACGGUUUACUGUUUUUGAGUAGCAAAGGAUACGUUCCAUUGCAAGCACCAGUUAUGAUGAAUAAAGAAGUCAUGGCUAAAACCGCACAAUUGUCUCAAUUUGACGAAGAAUUGUAUAAAGUCAUUGAUGGUGAAGAUGAAAAAUAUUUAAUUGCCACUUCAGAACAACCAAUUAGUGCUUACCAUGCCGGUGAAUGGUUUGAAUCACCAGCAGAACAAUUGCCAGUUCGUUAUGCUGGUUAUUCAUCAUGUUUCAGAAGAGAAGCUGGAUCACACGGUAAAGAUGCUUGGGGUAUUUUCCGUGUCCAUGCUUUUGAAAAGAUUGAACAAUUUGUUUUGACUGAACCAGAAAAAUCAUGGGAAGAAUUUGAUAGAAUGAUUGGAUGUUCAGAAGAAUUUUAUCAAUCAUUAGGAUUGCCAUACAGAGUUGUUGGUAUUGUUUCAGGUGAAUUGAACAAUGCUGCUGCUAAGAAAUACGAUUUGGAAGCUUGGUUCCCAUUCCAACAAGAAUACAAAGAAUUGGUUUCAUGUUCAAACUGUACUGAUUAUCAAUCAAGAAAUUUGGAAAUCAGAUGUGGUAUAAAACAACAAAACCAACAAGAAAAGAAAUACGUCCAUUGUUUGAACUCAACUUUAAGUGCUACUGAAAGAACUAUCUGUUGUAUUUUAGAAAACUACCAAAAGGAAGAUGGGUUGGUUAUUCCUGAAGUAUUGAGAAAAUACAUUCCUGGUGAACCAGAAUUUAUUCCAUACAUUAAGGAAUUGCCAAAAAACACCACUUCUGUUAAAAAAGCUAAAGGUAAGAAUUAG